GGCGCCCGGGCAGGAGCGAACGCCCUGUGCCGGGGGCGGCCGAGGGCUCCGUCAGGCGCUCGCUUCCAGUUUCCAAGAUGAUGGCAAUGUAACUUACAAAAUAUAGCAAUCGAAAAAUCUGUUUUGAAAGCAGAAAUAUGUAGAGAACUACUUGAGGUUGGAUGGCACCCGUGUUCUCAUCUCUCAUGAAUCUAUGAGAGGUCUGUUAACUUGAACAUCUUUCCAGUGAUGAACCAACAUUGGAAAUUAUGGACAAAAACAUUGGAGAGCAGCUUAACAAAGCUUAUGAAGCCUAUCGACAAGCAUGCAUGGAUAGGGACCAUGCUGUGAAAGAACUACAGCAAAAAACAGAAAACUACAUGCAGCAAAUACGUGAACAGCAGGAAAAGAUAGAGCUUCAAAACAGCAUUAUUGCAAAACUGAAAUCACAGUUGGCUGCUCUGAAUGCUAAUAGAGGCAAUGCGCAUCCUUACAUUCUGAUGCAUGAAGACGUUGAAACACCCAACUUACUUUUCAGCCAGCUCUCUGAAAAACUGAACAUAGCAAAGCAAAGAGAAAAACUCCUAAAGGAACAUUUAGACAGUGAGAGCAUGAAAUUGAAGCAACUUGAGGACAAAAGCAAUCAAAAGGAAAGGAAACUUUUAUCUAUUAUUUCCAAUCAAGAUGAUAAAAUAAGAAAUCUGGAAAGCAAAUUGCAAGAAUUAAAUGAAGCACAAAAGGGUACACAGAUGCCAACAUAUAAAAGGGAGGUGAAAAGUAAGAAAGUUGUUCCAGAUAUGCCUGAAUUAUCUCUAGGGAUCUCUGGUAUUUCACCUGAAAGAGAGAAUCUGGAGAGUAUUUUCCAGGACAUGAAAGAAGAGUGUCAUCGAAUAUGUAAGCUAGCCAGAGAACAAACAGACCAACUGAGUAUAUUUAAGAUAAAGCCAGAACCUGAAACUGAAAUACAGUUUUCCAUGCCGAUACAGUGCACUGAUAAAACUGAUGAACAAGCAGAAGAGCUUUUUAAGCCUCGGGUUAUAAAGGAUAUAAAUAGAGGUGCAUCAUGCAUCACAUCUAUCACACCAAGAGGAGUGGGCCAAGAUGAGGACAACAACUCUGUAGAAUCACUUUCUAAAUUUAAUGUCAAGUUUCCACCUACAGACAAUGACUCUGCUUUCUUGCAGAGCACUCAGGAAAAACCAACAGUUCCUUGUACUGGUAUAUCUGAAAACAUGCUUCAAGAUCAUCAUUUUAACCUGGAGCACAGAGACCGUGCUGUUAACCUCAGUAAAUUGGAACCUAACUCAUUUGAAGCUCAUGGCAUUGAUCUCAUGACCUCAGCUUUACAAAGCUUAACUACUGUUGACAAAACAAACCCCUCAGAUCAUGCAAAGAUGCCCAUAGAAAAUAUCUGUGACAAAUCAUGUUUAAAAACAACAGACAGUGGUUUCACAUUUGUACCUAAGCACACAAACCAGGGUGUACCUGAAGUAAUUUUUUCUUUAGAAGCUGCUGGAACAACCGUCAGAGGUCCUCAUCAGCCCAUUUGGCAGCCUCAAGACAAUGAUUUGCUGGCACAAGCAUAUGCAGACUCUGAACUGAAUCAGUGUGGAAUAUGUGAAUUCUGUCGAGAAGUUUUCCCACCAUCUCUAACAUCUAAGGAAGAUUUCCUUCGGCAUCUCAAUUCCCACUUUAAAGUACAGUCUUAAUAUUUGUUUGCAGGUGACAAAUUUCUGGACGAAUUAACACCUGCGUAAUUUUUAGAAAUGGAUUUUUCUGCAAUUAUUUUCUCUAUUUUAAACAUGUCAUGUUUGUGACGGGCUGUCAACAGAGUGUACUGUAAGGAACAGCAGUGUACAGUGCACGUCUGCGCCAUGACCUGGAGGAAGAGUUUGUUACUGUGGGAGCUCUGAGCCCUGCGGGUCCGCAGCGCUGAAGAGGCGGUGUUGGGCCCGGCCGCGCCGUGCGGGCUGUGAGGCGCCUCCCCGGAGAGCGCGGCCGGGGGUGGUGCCCGGGAGAGGCGCAGGUUCCAGCCUUGGGAGGAGAGAAGAGGGAUUCGCACAUCUCCAGCCAGCCCGACACACAGCACCGGCUCGUCCUCUCAACCGUGAAAUCCGAGCUCAGGAGCUCGCGUUAUUAAGAGAUGCGCAAACUGCGAAUCACCUUUGAAGAAAAUAAAGUCGUCUGUUUCUCC